AUAUAUUUCUCUUCUUUCGUUUAUAUAUAUCUUCUGCAUCGAGAAAAGGAUGCUGGGUCAUAUUGUGGGCAAAUUCAAGGCACCUGCCGCCGGUAUGGUUGGCGGGGGAAAGAAGGUCAUGGGUACUGCUGUUUUGAUGAAGAAGAAUGUUCUGGACUUCAACGACUUCAAUGCAUCAAUUAAAGACAGGUUUGAUGAGUUGAUCGGGCGGAAAGUCUCCCUGCAACUCAUCAGUGCUGAGAAUGGUGACCCUGGUGAGCUCUCUACGUGUUUGAUCUUUUGUCGCAACCAAACAUUUUUCUUCACUAGAAAGAAAGAUCAAAAACUGGGUCUUCUACUUGUGUUCUUGGGUCUUCUGCAAAACUGACGUCUUGUUUAAUCUAUUAAAAGAACUGGUUUUUUUCUUUUUGAGUACAUAGAGAUGGGGUCUUUAGUUUAUCUCAUCCAUAAAACUUCACUUGGAAGAAACGCACAGAAAAUUAACAUGGUUCUUUUCU